AUACGUUGUGUGAUGACGCGUCGGUGCUACGUGUCUAGGAAGUCAUCCAGUCAACAUGGCGACGCAACAAGGAGAUGUUGAUGAACUCUUCGAUGUGAAAAAUGCUUAUUAUAUUGGCAGUUAUCAACAAUGUAUCAAUGAAGCUCAGAAAGUUAAGGUAAUUAUCUGCUGAUAAACCGUUUGUGCAACAUGGCUAAUAGCUAGUCUUUCUGUAGUGUCGAUGUAAUACGUUUGGACUGGCUAGCUAAUGUUAGCUAAUCAGCUAGUAGCUGCUAACGUUAACAUCUGUUAUAAAAGCAAUUCAAGGAAUUAGAUCAUGUUAAAUAAAAAACAUAACCUACUUGCUAUUUCCUCUUUAUAGCCAUCAACACCUGAGAAGGAGGUUGAGAGAGACAUGUUUCUGUACAGAGCAUAUAUUGCCCAGGUAAGUUCAUAAUUGCACAGAUGGAGAUAUACUUAUUGGAAUGUGAAAUUACGUGUGUAACGUUAGUGUCACUGUGCAAUAAUUACUAUAUUGUUUUUAUUGUCUAAUUUUGAACUAUAACUUUAUCAUCCGAAGAUGCUGCCGUUAUAAGUUCCAUUAAGACACUGCCUGUCAGUAUUGUAUCAGUUCUCAUCUCCUGUAUCAUUUCAGAGGAAGUAUGCUGUGGUGAUGGAUGACGUCAAGGCGAGCUCCUCGCCAGAGCUCCAGGCUGUCAAGAUGUUUGCUGAGUAUCGCGCCAACGAGGGCAAAAGGUUUUAUUCAGUCAAUGUAACAUUAAACAGUCAAUAUAACAACCCACCUAUGUAAUUAAAAUGAAAUGCUCUUUGUUGACUCCUUUGGUGGUGUAACAAUAUUGCUGUCUUUGUUGCUUGUGCAGGGAUGCCAUUGUGGCUGAACUUGACAAGAAGAUGACCAAGAGUGUAGAUGUGGCCAACACAACCUUCCUGCUCAUGGCUGCGUCCAUUUACUACCAUGAGAUGAACUCGGAUGCUGCCUUGAGGACCCUGCACCAGGGAGAAAGUCUGGAGUGGUAAGGACGAUCACAGGAUACUAUUCAUGUUUAUAGCCCCUGUUAUUAUGUGUUAUGCAAUACGUGAAUGUCCUUCUUUUUCUGUUCAGCAUGGCAAUGACCAUUCAGGUGCUGCUGAGUUUAGACCGUGUUGAUUUGGCAAGGUAUGUCUGCUCCACACACCAUCUGAUUAAAUGCCUUUUAAAAUACUUUUAAGUAAAUUUAGUUCAAAGGAUUCAGCUAAUUGAGCACAUGAUUCAGUGUUGGUCAUAUAUGGUGUUGUUGACUUAUUUUGACACAAAGGAAAGAGCUGAAGAAGAUGCAGGAGCAAGACGAGGAUGCCACACUGACCCAACUGUCCACGGCUUGGGUCAACAUCGCUGUUGUGAGUGUCAGGCCAUAGUGAAGAACCCCUACAUGCUAUAAUACAUCAGUGGAGCGGGCCUCAUUGCCCCUCACCUGAAAAAAAAAUGGCUUUUAUUGACAGAGCACCACUCUAAAUGGAAAAGUAGUCAUCCCUUUAGGACUGAAGUCAACUCAAUUUCUGUUUUUCAUCUGAUCAACAGAAGAAGGAAAAAAAGGACUCUUGCCUUUCCCUUUUUUUUCAGGGAGGAGAGAAGCUGCAGGAUGCUUACUACAUCUUCCAGGAGAUGUCGGAUAAGUACACCCCCACUUUGCUUCUGCUGAAUGGCCAGGCUGCCUGCCAUAUGGCCCAGAACAAGUGGGAGGAGGCAGAGGGGGUUCUCCAGGAGGCACUAGACAAGGUCAUUACUUACCUCAAAUGCACUCUAAUAUCAACUGUAGACAUAUUUCAGAGAUUAAGCUGUAGAGACGUCUAGAGGGUUGUUUAAAUAUAGAUGAACACUAUUUGAUAGCAUAACAUUAUAGGGCGUUACAGUGAAGAAAUGUAUUGGUACAAUUUGAAUUAGUUAAACCGAUUAGUGGUGUCUGUUGUCUUAUCCAACCACAGCAAUACAAGUUUAGUGUCAUCAUAAGCAAAAUACUUGCAGUUAUAGCAAUUGUCCAGUAGGUGGCGCCAAAUGCUUACAAAAUAAAAAUAAAAACCCUAGACCUGCAGUUGAUCGAAGAUGGGGAAAAGUGGUCCAGAGUAUAACCAACACCUUGUUGGGAUGUCACAGAAGACUGAUCCUUGAUGAAAUUAUUACACAUAAAGAUGUCACAUAUUUUACACUUGUUCAGACAAUGUAGCUCAGUUGGUAGAGCAUUGCACUUGCAACGCCAGGGUUGUGGGUUCGUUUCCCACGGGGGGCCAGUAUGAAAAUGUAUGCACUCACUAACUGUAAGUCGCUCUGGAUAAGAGCGUCUGCUAAAUGACUAAAAAUGUAAAUGUCAAAUUGUGAUAUAAAUACACUAGUAAUGCAGUUGUUGUAUACAUAUUUCAGAAAAUGUGAUGAAACGUGUAUGAAUGAAACGGGGUAAUGAGCAAGGUCAUACAGUGCAUCGAGACAUUUCUGUGAGAAACAGUGGGUGUUUUCCAACCUCUUAUAGAGUCUGUUUUUCCCCUAACAGGACAGCAGCCACCCUGAGACUCUGAUCAAUCUGAUUGUGCUGACCCAGCACUUAGGCAAAGCUCCUGAGGUAAGAUUUUGCAUACUUUUUGCCACAGAUACUGAGAAAUGUUUGUCUCUAGCUAGGUUUAAUAAUAAUAUGCCAUUUAGCAGACGCUUUUAUCCAAAGCGACUUACAGUCAUGCGUGCAUACAUUUUUGUGUAUGGGUGGUCCCGGGGAUCGAACCCACUACCUUGGCGUUACAAGCGCCGUGCUCUACCAGCUGAGCUACAGAGGACCACGACCAGGUUUGUUUGGCAGACAUUAUCAAAGCUUUGGAAUGACAAAAGGGGGUUUAUUCAAUUUGCUGAUAUCUUGCACAUUAGUGCCCUUCUCCUUAAACAGCAAUAAACUCAGAAGACAAAGUUCUAGGGAUAAAGUCUCAAAAAAUUCUGCUUGUGAUAGUGAGUAAAUAAUAUAAUCUUGACUAUCUACAGAACACUUUCUUCAAUUGGGGUCAAAGUAAUCACCAAUCAAGGUUAUUGAACUCAACCGAGGUGUAUAUAGAUAAGACCUUGUUCUAAUGAUUUAUGAUAAUGAUUUAUGAAUGUUUUUAUAUGCAUGAACUUCCUUAACAUCAAUCGGUUAUGUAUUUGUUGGCAGGUAACCAACCGGUAUCUCUCUCAACUGAAAGAUGCCCAUAGAGCUCACCCCUUCCUUAAAGACUACCUGACCAAGGUACGUGGAUUACAUUUGCCCAUACACAUUUCUACUUCAAAUCAAAUGUUAUUUGUCACAUGCGCCGAAUACAACCGGUGUAGACCUUACAGUGAAAUGCUUACUUACAAGCCCUUAUUAACCAACAAUGCAGUUUUAAGAAAAAUAUGUGUUAAGUAAAAAAAUCAAAUAAACAUUAAAGAGCAGCAUUCUUCCUUGUUACAACCUUAGCUCUCUUGGAAGUAAAUUAAAUGAUUUGAUUGGUGAGCACUGCAGCAUAUCAAGUCUGAGCAUUUAAAAAUAGUUUGACUUUGAUUUCAUAGACUUCACUACACACACCAUAAUUACCCAAUUUAAGAAGUGUAAAUCAACAUUGAAAAGUCUGGUUGUAUCGUUUGUUAAACCAGUUUAUUUCAGUCUACAACAGUGUCACUAGUUAAACAUUUUCUACCAUGUGUAAAAUGCUUCUACUUUUUUACCUCAGGAGAAUGAAUUUGACAGACUGACGAUGCAGUAUGCUCCCACUGCAACUGCGUGAGACAAUGGAGGAAUCUGUUUGGACCCCAAAACAUUAUUAAUACUGGACACACAACUGAUGGCUCCAUGUCUCUUUUUGUCUAUCAAUAUGACAAAUGCUAAACUGUAUGGAUUAAAAGUGACUUGCACAUUUAGAAAUUUGAAGAAUAAAAAAAUACACUUUUUGUCACUCUGUUUCCUUUUAGCAUUCCUCAAAAAUUUACAAAAAUGUUUUAUGACCCUGUUUACACCCAGUGUGUGUCCGUGUGAAACCAGUGGUGUAGUGGAGGGUACCAACUUGUUAAAAUGUUCUUUAGCCAAUAGUUUACCCACCUUUUGCGGAAGAGUGCAUUGAAUGUAUAGGGAG